UUCGUAGGUCGUGGAGGAACAGCAGGAAGUAAGUUUAGGAUGUCAUUAGGUCUUCCAGUAGCAGCAACAGUGAACUGUGCUGAUAAUACUGGUGCUAAGAAUCUUUACAUCAUAUCUGUUAAAGGUAUUAAGGGUCGUCUUAAUAGAUUACCAUCUGCUUGUGUUGGUGAUAUGGUUAUGGCUACUGUCAAGAAAGGUAAACCUGAUCUUAGGAAAAAGGUUAUGCCUGCUGUUAUUGUUAGACAACGCAAAGCUUGGCGCCGUAAAGAUGGUGUUUUCAUGUACUUUGAAGAUAAUGCCGGAGUUAUUGUGAAUCCUAAGGGAGAAAUGAAAGGUACAUCCUUCUCUUCCUCUCAUGAAUGGCCGAAUAUAGGCAUUCAUGUUAAUGUUGUAGCUGAUAUUGAUAUUGUUUGGUUUUGUUUAUGUCCAAUUUUCCCCCUUGUAGUUGUGAUUUUGUGGUUGGUUUUAUACUGUGUUGCAACGAUACGGAUACGGUAUUGGAUACAAGAUACCAAUACACUACUAUGAUACACCAACUUGAAA